CCAAACCCAAACCCAAACCCAAACCCAAACCCAAACCCAAACCCAAACCCAAACCCAAACCCAAACCCAAACCCAAACCCAAACCCAAACCCAAACCCAAACCCAAACCCAAACCCAAACCCAAACCCAAACCCAAACCCAAACCCAAACCCAAACCCAAACCCAAACCCAAACCCAAACCCAAACCCAAACCCAAACCCAAACCCAAACCCAAACCCAAACCCAAACCCAAACCCAAACCCAAACCCAAACCCAAACCCAAACCCAAACCCAAACCCAGAACUAAAAAUAGAAUUCUUCUAAACCCAACCUUCAAACCCUAG